AAAAUCACUUUCAAGUUCCAACAAAUUUAUUUAAAUUUCGAUGUUCCAAAACUAGAGAAAAUUGUUUUUGUGCAAGUACAUGGUGAAUCAAUCCAAGAACAAAUUCACCAUGAAGACAAAGUAUGGGGCAGCAAUUGCACCUGUUUUUAUCCUUGCUGGUGCCUAUGUAGCAUGGAGCUACAUAGGUCGACGCAUGGGGAAAAAGAAAGAGGAUGAUACCAAUGAUAACCGUAACAGUAAGAACGGUGCGUUAGAAGGAAAUGGCGCUAAGGUUAAAAAUCUCGGUAAAGAAGGUUUAUCAGGAGGAAUUAGAAGCAAAGGAGCAAGAAAGACUCUCUCAAAGUCGGUGUCAUUGGGGGCAAUCCAUGGAGGUAAAAUAGCAUUGCAGAGGUUGCUUGAUUUCCACUCUUACCGUCCCAAUGCUUCUUCCUUGGAGAACACUGAAGAUGAAUUCGAUACCUUGCUUUCCAAGGAACAUCCUGAUUUCGUGUCACUUCAGAGAGCUGUAUUGAAGAUGGAAGUGAGUGGGAAAGAGGCAAAAGGAGUGGAGAUGUUGAAGAAAGCUUUGGAGAAAGCUACGAAAGAAGGCAACGUUCAUGAAGCUUAUGAGAUUGAGAUGUUGCUUGUGGAGAUGUUGAUCUAUACGGGGAACAUCCAAAAGGCUUCAAAAUGCAAGUGCUUGGGGGAUGAACUCAUUACAGAUGCAAGAAGUCCACUUUACAAGGCUAUAAUCCAAUUUCUCCAAGGCGAUCCCGAGGAACAAGUCUUGAAUUCAUUCAACAAGUUUAGAGAAAUCCAGAGCAGUUUCCGGAUGACAGAUGAGAGACCCGAAGACAGACCCGAAGAUGACGAAAUUCACAGAAAAGCAUUAACCUUUGAAGAAUUCAAGAGCAUUAUGGAGUCUCUAAAGCAAGAAGUCCAAGAGGGCAGCAAAAAGAAUUCCACAUCAAAAUCAUGAACACAUCCAUUCUCACGUUUAAGGGGAAAAAAAUAAUAAAUUGCAGGCCCAAAAAUAGGGUUUCUGUAAAAAUCCAUAUGAAUAAUGAGUACCCUUUGUGCAGAAACAUUCAUAUAUAUAUAUACACACAUACACUUGAAGUAA